GGUCGGAAGAAGACAGUGUCUAUUCCUCAUUGUUCAAUACUCAAACGCUGUACAAGAUGGGGGGAGGGCCUGCCAGCGCAGACGUCGUGCGCUCCUCUUGCUUCGUGACGUUCCCGGAGCAGACCCAAGCGGAUCCUGUACCUGUAGACGCCUGGUACCUGUUCGCAGCCGGGAUGACGUUUCUAAGGCGCCUAGCACGCGACCGUGUGGGCGACGAGAUGCACAUCGCACUGCUGUUACAGGUUCCUGGCGACGAGGACGGUGAGCGACGCUAUGUGUCCGUAAGUAACAAUACAGUACUGCAGCGCGCACUGCAGGAGACCUUCGACUGCCCAGAUAAGGCGCUGGUGCUGCACGUGAUCGACGUAGGGAAGGUGCGAGGUCAGAAGCGCAUCCACGUGAGGCCCGAGGUGAACCCGAAUGUGUCUCCAGAGCCAGUGGAGCCCAUGGGACUCGUGUUCCCGACAUUAUCAGUGGACGGAUUGGUGACACCUACAGCCGUGGAGGUUCCAUCCGCACAGGUGACAAGCGAAAGUCUCUACGAACAGAUGAGUCGGUCCAUGUUUAACUACCGCAAGAACGACAGCGUGCGAUGGAGCUCUGGAAACUUCGAGAAGCCUAAGAAGAGCUUGAGUCAGAGGGCGUUCUUCGUGGAAGAGAGAGAUUACACCAGAAGAACUCCCAAGAGAGAGGAGAGCGAGCAAAGAGCAGGUGUUCCGGUCGCGGUCGAAGCUGUAAACGACCAGCUGCCGCCUGCUAAGCAGAUUGAGAGCAGGAGAGUCGAGCAGGAGACACAAGAUGAGGGUGAUAUCCCCGUGGCUACCGUCGUGGAGACAGACACCUCGCAGAUUCCGAGCGACUACGUGAUGCUGGAGCUUCAGACUGGUGCAGGACUGCCGGAAGCCCCCGCAAACACCAGCUCGACGUAUUUUAUCUCUUCGCGAUGGGCAGAACAAGCUGAUGAGAUGAGUGCAUCGAUGCGGCUGGAGCGCCCUCCGAUGCCAUCAGCGCGGACGACUCCAGUUCGUGGUGCCAGCAGCGUCGGUAACAUAAGCAAUAAUGCGAAUCUCGAGGACUCGUUCGUGAUGCUCGAGCGCCACGAGCUGUAAAUGGAGCGAGGACACACAAGCAACACUCGUCGAUGCUGGCAGCUCGAUCUGGUGGGAAGAUAGAUAGCCAUAUUUUGCCAUUUUGUAGACGAAACUGAGAAUAAAAGUAUUUAUACUCUAACCAAGGUACCAAGGCUUUAGAUCGUGAGUUGUAUCAGGGUGAAACGAGAGGAAGACGAACAAAUCUGGGCGCUUCACGAUGAUCAAGCUCACAGUGCACUAAUGAAAUGUAGCAACAACGCAUACCGCUUCGAUAAAUUUGAAGAGAACAAAAAUACGGAUGACGAGCCUGCUCU